GUCACCUUCAACUUCGACGCCGAGAGUUUCGAGGACUGGGAGGACUUGGAGGAGCAGGCCCAGGAGGAGCUCCGCAAGCUCUGCACGGAGGGUAAGACCAUCAUGGAGGAGGCGAGGGCCAACUUCGAGGCCAACUGCCGCACGCAGCAGCAGAGGGUCAAGGAGUUCCGUGAGGCCCAGAAGAAGCGCCGGCGGGUGCAGGAGGACCCCGCCUCCCCAGCGCCUGGCCCGCCGCCGCGCCAGGAGGCCCAUGCGGCUUCCGAGGCGACGACGGCCACAGACGCCCAGGCCCCAGAGAGCGCGGCCGAGGCAGCAGCCAAGGCCCGCGCUGACAAGGAGGCAGCGGAGCAGGAGCGCAGCGCCAAGCAGAUUGGCGAGGCCGCAUCCAUGGCCUGCCGCACGGCCAAGGCCGUUGCUGCCGCGAAGGCCAAGGUGGCGACUGCCGCUGCUGGCGGGGGCCUGCUGGGGGCCAGCUUAAGCGACUCCGUGCCGCAGAGCUUCCACCUGCCCGACUACACGUCGGCCUGGGCCUCGCGGUACGUCGACAUGGAGCAGCGGAGGCGUCGACAGAGAACGGAGGGCAAGCAGGCGCCCAUCCUGUUUGCCAACAUCGCUGAGCACGGCCCCCAGGCUGCCAAGUUCCUCGCAGAGAGGGGCAAACGCAAGUACAAGGCCAUCGCUUGCGUGGAGACCCACGCCACGGCGGCGCAGCUGACGGCCACCCGAGUGGCCCUGGGCAAGGAUGGCUGGAGGGUGGCCGGCACGCCGGCCACGCCCUCUGGGAAGGCCAAGUCGGGCACUUCUGGAGGGGAGAUGUGGUGCCUCGACAAGACCUUGGCGGCGACGACGUACGAGCGCCAUCGACGUCGCCAUCUCCUAGCCACGGUGAAGGAGAUCUUCGUCGGUUUCUGUCCUGUGGUCCUCCACCUGAAGGAGGGCAAUGUUGUCUUGGUGGCGAUGUACCUGCAGCCAGGACUCAAGUCUGGCGGCAUCAACCGCACUCGGCUCCUGCAGUCCCGGACGACCUGUGACAAGGGUCAGGGCCGCAUGUACGACUACGCAGUGGCUAAGCAAGGGUGGCAUCAUCGGCUCCGCCUGCAGGCCAUUUUCGACGUCCCGUGGAAGACCCACUGCGCGAUCGAGGUCAUCAUCGAGGGCUCCGACCGCCGAUGGCAUCACGACGAGCUCGUCGUUGCCCGCAGCCCCCCAGUCCGAGAGAGGCCGCCCAAGGAGCCAGACCCAGAGAGCAAGUCCUCGAGGCGCAAGGCGGAGGCCCUGCAGUCGCGGGCCCGCGCUUUGCCGCAGCAGCUCCAGGAGACGCCCCUCGAGAUCCGCGAGCAGGGCGAGGACCAGCACCCGGAGGAUGCGAAGCCGUUCUUCAUCACGGAGGACGUUUGGCCCAGCUGUCGCCCUGCAUUGGGAGAUCCUAUCCCGCGAGCUGGUCAGAUGGAGUACUUCAUCAAUGCCAGUCGUCCUGACGACGUCCAGGAGGUCAGCCUCGCGCAUGGCAAUUGGACCUCCCAGCUUGAGGAGGCCCACAUUGCUGUCGAGCGGCCCCUCCCUGAUCAGGCCAGGGCGCGUCGAGGUCGGGCGCAUGGGCAUUCCAUCAGGCGGGUCAAGGCGAAUACCACUCCAGGGAGGGCCCACUCGGUGGACGCCGGCGUCGAGCUGUGGAGCACCCCGACGGCCUUGGCCAUUCGGGCCCGCGCCCUGGUGGCGAACAACACGGACAGCGACCAGUUGGACUACGCUUUGGGCGACUUCGAGCAGCGGUGCGAUACCAUCGCGGACGAGGGCCACCGCGCCAAGUAUGUCGGCAAUGCUCUCAGUGUUGAGUUGGAUGAGUGGAGGCAUGCGAAGGAUGCUCUCCUUGAGUCCAUUGGAGAUGACUUCGAGCUCAUGUCAUCCUCCGACCUCAUCGGUGCACUUGAACCAUUCAUUGAGGUUUCCGAGCGUUGGGCGUGCAGAGCCUUGGGCAGAUCCCAUGCCAAGGCACGCCGCGGCUUCAUCGAGUGGGCAAAGGAGUCCUGGAAGCCCAAGGCGGGGGUCAUAUAUAGGCAUGUGCGCGAGCCGCAGGCACAGCAGACUGAGGUGCUUCUGCGGGGCACUGCCGCUGCCGACCCGUCCUACAGGAUUUGGGUGACCUCCGUGCGCGAGCUGCUGAGGGCCCACAUGGAGCCCAUCACCUUGGAGAGGCUGGAUGUGGUGCUUACGCGGGCGUCGUCCAAGAAGGCGAAGGGCAUCGACAACAUCACGGCACAGCUCUUCGUGGCCCCGACGCACCUCCGCCAGCAACGGUGGCUGGGGCCUCGCCUCGCGCCGCAGCGCUCGGUGGUGGCGGGCAGCUCUCACGGCAACAAGUGUGCGAAGCUGUUCUUGGCGCCCAUACUGCGGGCUGCCCACCUUGAGUGGGGGCAUGCACAGCUGUGGACCUUCGUCGACGACACAGUGGCGAGGGCUGAGGGCAAGCUUGAGCACGUUCGCUCCACCAUCCUCGGCGUGGCCGAGUCCCUCAAGGCUGGCCUUGACGAGCAGCACCUGCAGGUCCCCGGCAAGACCGUUGGCAUCGCCAGCCACCCGCAGCUGGCCAAGGACCUCCACCGCGCGCUGGCGCGUAGAGGCGUCCCCUGUGCGGCUACCAACCAUGCAGUUGGCCUCGGCGUGGACACCGCCGCGGGGCGAGUGCGCACGCAGCGCAGGGCGCUGACCAGGAGGAAGGCGGGGCAGUGCCAGUUCCGCCGCAUCUUCAGGACGCGGCGCCAUGCCCAGCUCUCCCGGGUGACCAAGGCGCUGUGGCCCACUGCGGCGCUGCCGAGGUCGACGUACGGCCACCAGGCCUUUGGCCUUGCGCCCUCGGCCAUCCCCAGGCUGAGGCGGGGCGCUGCACUGUCGGCAGCGGGCAAGGGGCCUGGGUGGCGCCCCACGAGCAUCUUCGCCACGCUCCACGGCGACAAGGAGCCUGGCCUGGAGCUCAGGCGCCAGCUCCUGGGCGAAUGGCUCGACCUCUGGAGGCGGGCCCCGCAGCUCCGCAGUCGCAUCGGGUGCGCGUGGCGCAGCGUCUUGGCCAAGCUGGUGAGUGCAGGGCCCAAGCGGAGGUGGCGAGCUGUGCGCGGCCCCAUGGCCGCGCUCAUGGCGAUGCUGCUGGACGCGGGCUGGUCGCCUACUACGGCUCGCUCGUGGACGACGGCCAGUGGUGUGGAACGGCGCCUUCCUGGCCACGAGGAUCUGGACAUGGACACGUCGGCGGUGCAGGACGGGUUCGUGGUGGACCUCACGCGGGCGAUGUGGAGCGUGGCCAGCAAGCACUUGCACGGUGACGACUUGUGCGAGGGCGCUGAUGCCACCCUCAUCGCCCGCGAGCAGCAGCACUACCUCUCCAGAGGCCAGAUGGACAUGUACGCGCAGAACAUCGUGGUCAUUUCAGGUGGCCAAUGGCCGCGGGUCAGGCAGAGAGAGGCGGGCUACGAGCUGGAGUCUGUCACUUGCCGCCGCUGCGGCCACGAGGACGAGACCCUGCAUCGCCGAAUUUGGUCGUGCCUUGCGAAUCGGGGGCGCAAGGAGCACGACUCCACCAACCACCACCUUGCGGGGCAGGCCAGCGUCCAGCAUGAGAGCCAGCCGUCGCUGUGGCUUCGUGGCCUCCCCGCGCUGCACCCCACGACGCCGCUGUGCGACGAGGACCUCGCGGAAUGGCCCUUCGAGGUUGGCGACUUCCGAG